AUGACAACGCCAAUACACGAGCAGGAACAAUACUCGUAUCCCGAAUUCGCUGGCAGUCACGGCCCUGCAGACCAUGAAACACACAGGCGCGGCCGCCGCUCCUCGGAUGAGGAUGGCACACUAGGUGGCGAGGGCAAUGAUGGAAUAGAUCACAACCAUCUGCACGUUACCACAAGCUACAUGAAAGGGGACGACCACCUCAACAAACUGGAUCGAAGCAGGUCGCCCAUGUCGCCCUCCGCGCAAAGGGAGCAGUCUCGCCGUCUCGAUGAUGAACUUGAAUUCUUACGCGCUGAGCGUGAAGCAUCCGAUGCCGAACGGCUCAACCAGGAAAGUAUGCGAAGAUCCAAAUCAAUGCACCGGUCGAACUCCCGGACUCCGGCAGUGGCCGUUGAUGAUUUCGAUGUUGAUACGACGCCUAUUCAUGAGAAAACAAAAGUCUACCAACCACCGGAAGCUCCGAGAACCACAUUCUCCAAGUUUGUGAAAAGGAUACAUGAAUCCAGUUUCCUUGUUCGAUAUUUUACUUACAUUAUACCUGUGAGCGUCUUGUUACUGAUACCAACUCUUCUUGGACGUUUCGUGUUCACGAAGACAAGCGUGGGUGGGGUAAAGCUAUUUUGGUUCGGAAUUUGGCUAGAGAUUGUGUGGUUAACACUGUGGGCUGCUAGAAUUUUAGCCAAAUCUAUUCCUUGGCCUAUGGGACUCGUAGCCAGCAUCUUCACUAACAGUGAAAAGAAAUGGAGAGAUCUUGGCAAGCAGCUUGAGCUUCCUGCGACGCUCUUCUUCUGGUUACUUGCCAUCGAAAUAUCUUUUCUGCCCACAGUGAAAAAUCACCAUGUAGAUGGUGACAAAACUACGAGGAAUUGGGAGCUUGUGGUCAACAAGAUCAUAAUAUCUAUCUUUGUUGCGGCCAUUUUGAACUUCAUCGAGAAGAUCAUUAUCCAGCUUAUCGCCAUCAGCUUCCAUCUCCGAACUUACGCCGACCGAAUUGAAGUCAAUAAAUUUCAGAUCUCUAGUCUGGUUAAGCUUUAUGUUUAUUCCAAGGACAAGAUCAAGAUGGAAGAUUCAGAGUUUGAAGUGGACCCUACAAGUGGGCCAUCUUCUGGAGCGAGGACGCCAAUGCUCUAUGUAAAUAAGGCGCAAAAGAAGGCGCAAAAGAAUGCACGCCAGGUGUUCCACAAGGCUGGUGAUUUGGCUGGACGAGUGGCUGGCGAUUUUACAGGAAGAGCCGUGUCAACUAGUAGCCAACCUCAACAAGUCGUUCUCCAACUUCUACACACCACAAGUGGCGCCCAGGUUUUGGCCCGGCGAUUAUACCGUACCUUUGCCCAGGAAGGAACGGAGACAGUCAUCUCCGACGAUUUAAGACUCGCGUUCGAUAACGACGAGGAGGCUGACGCAGCAUUUACCAUGUUCGACAAGGACCUGAAUGGCGAUAUUUCCAUGGAAGAGCUUGAAGCAGUAUGUGUUGAAAUGGGCCGAGAGCGAAAGGCCAUCACUGCAUCCCUCAAGGACUUGGACUCGGUUGUUGGCAAGCUAGAUGAUGUCUUCUUGUUCGUCGUCGCUGUCAUCGCCAUCCUUGUGUUUAUCUCUCUCAUAUCGACAUCUGCGUCGGGUGUAUUGACAUCACUAGGAUCCUCAGUGUUGGCCCUUUCAUGGCUAUUCUCUGCAACGGCUCAAGAAUUCUUACAGUCUUGCAUCUUUGUUUUCGUCAAGCAUCCCUUCGAUGUGGGUGAUCGAGUUACAAUCUAUGGAAACACUGGGUCCGAACUGAAAGGAGACGAUUACUUUGUGAAGGAGAUAUCUCUGUUGUUCACCGAGUUCAAGAAAAUGGAGGGCCAUGUUGUCCAAGCUCCAAAUUCCUACCUCAACACCCUUUUCAUUCUCAAUCAACGUCGAUCAGGAGGACUUGCAGAGGCUGUGCCGGUCACUGUGAAGUUUGGCACGACACUGGAGCAGAUCGAUACUCUUCGUCAACGCCUUUUAGAAUUCGUCAGCUCCGAGAACCGGGAAUACCAGAAGAAGAUCCUGACCGAACUAAGAACGAUUUACGAAGCCCACUCCAUUACUCUGAACGUGGUAUUCUUCUACAAGUCAAAUUGGCAAAACGAGCUUUUGCGUCUGCAGCGACGAAAUAAAUUUAUCUGUGCUAUGAUGGUCACCAUGACUGAGCUGGGCAUGGAAGGACCACGCAUGCGUCUUGCGGGUGCUGCCAAUGAAUUCCCGAUGCACUUGCAUGGAGCCUAUCCACAAUCUAUACCUUCCCAAAACACCCCGUACCCAGAUCCAAAUUCUGGCCCUCAUGGAACCUCAACACAUGAAGAUAGUUUCGCUCCACACGACCCAUCCCAACCUCCGCACCAUCCCCAUCCGCCAAAGGCACACCCAUCAAUCCUCCGCAACAGAGAUGAUGCUUCGUCUCGCCAGCGCGGAGAGACCAUCUCUCAGAUGGGCAAACGCGUCGACUUCUCGCUCGGCAUGUCCUCCAUGUCUUCCGGUGACGAUUACGGUGAUAUAUACGAUAAUCCCCCACCCCGCGUUCCAAGCGCCAACAUCCGAGGGUCGUCGAGUCUCAAAUCAACCUCCAGAGAUGGCCGAGGCAGCGAGGAUGACGCUUCUAUGGCGAGAACUUCUAGCCGUGAAAGCGGACUUGGAACGAUGUUAAGUGGGGGAAGUUCUCGUACGCAUAGAAACCGCUUCUUUAGCAGCAAACGAAGCAAGUUAGGUGGUCCGGAAGAAGGCACCAACCUCGAGGAUCUUGAAGCGGGCCCCAGAGAGUAUGCUAUGGCGGACAUCCCAGAGGUGUCUGGAUCCAAUCCCAUGAAUUCGGAUUACAGCCAGAUUGACAAUUCGAUGUGGGAGCGGGAGGGGAGAAUGGCACCAGCGAGUUCGAGAACUGGCUCGGUGCCAGGUAUGAUCGAUCCCCGGACGGGUAUUGUGAGUCCGCAGGCUGUUGCUAGCGAUAGUGCUUUGGAGAGAGGAGAGCUACCAACUGUCGCCGGGCAGAGAGGGGCCGCCAAGACCGGCCAUGACGGAUAUGAACAAUAG